AUGAGCGUCGUGGCGGACGACACGAGAAGAAAAAGCAUCGACACGGGUUCGGCAGCGUUUGCUAGCAACCGCAGGAAUUUUGCAACGUCUUUUGCGAGCUUCUUCUCCAAGCUACGACCGAGCAAGCGGGCCGAGCGAGGCGGUACGAUACGUUCUCAAGAUGGCGACGGCCAUAUUGAUGCCGACCAAGAGAUUCGUGGUGGAAGAACUUGCAGCGACGUACCAAUACCACGUCGGGCAUCAAGCAAGACAGGGCAGGGCACUAGCCCUCUGGACUAUCACAACUCGAACAUGAUUCCGCCGGGCCUUUGGAACAUGCCCACGACGCUUCCGCGCAGGUUUCAGACCACCAACCGCAAGGCGUUCGCGCGUAGAGCGCUGGCCACGGCUGCCGCCAAUCAGGUUAUAUCAAAGCCAUCAGAUCGCGUGCAGGAGCUUUUUCUCGAAAAGCAAGAGGCACGUCGCCAGCGCCGGACCCUGAAAGAGUGCGGCGAUUUUCUAGGCGUCACAGGCGUGAACCCAUAUACUAGAGAGAUGGAUGUCCUCACCCCGACGACGAGCUCGGAUGAUGCCUUGUCACCUGCAAACUCACAGCUCGCGGAACUCGCGCAGAAGGCGCACGAAGCCCAGGCGGCCUAUAAGCAGGCCAAGAGGGAGAUGCAAACCCUGAAAGAGCAAGAGAGGUGGGAGAGGGUCGAGAAUCGGAAAGACGCCAUCCGCCUAGGCCAGAGAGAGGUGAAAUGGCAUCAUGAAAAGGGGCAGUGGUCUUCAGCUGCAGAGCCAAAGCUGAGCCCUAUCGCGCAGUCUCAAGCGAGCGUAGCAUCAGCAGCAAGAGACGCUACCACCAUUCAUCGCAGCCAAAGUUCUUUUUUAGGGACGAUAGCGGCGACGGAGCAUCGCCGCACCGCACUCAGCAUCAACCAAGAGACAAUGACACCGACGGUCAACUGCCAACAAGAGCAACGCCGAGACGGCAGGGCAGGGAUGAGCAACAACUUGGGCCAGGGAAUCCCAAUACUGUCGAAAACCAAGAUGAUACGCUUGCGCCUUCCCCCAAUAAUUCCCCGCCGGCUUGGUUCAAGCCCGGAGGAUGCAAGCCCAACAGAGAACGACAAGAACGAGAAGAACGAGAUAAAAUCAGAGGCGUUAGACGAGAUCGCGGCACCCCAACCACUUCGGUACCGGUUCCCACCCAGCGAUUCCAUGUCACGGAUCCCGAGCGGCAAGGUGCUGGAAGUGGAGAACCAAAAUCCAGCAGAGAGAUGGGCGAGCAGGCUGAUACAGGACCUGGACGACCUCGAACGCAGCCUCGAGAUGAAGACAGACAAGAUGGGGCAGGGGACGAACUCGUUGGUGGAGAGGACCAACGGGCAGAGGGGGGAACCAAGAUCUGCUUGCACACACAUCACCACCACUAUUGGCUUCGCGUGCAGCCGAUCUCGCCCGACACCCAGCCGCGCUUACGACGAGAUGAUCGGCAUGUUAGACCGCGGCCCACUGAUGGUAGUCUCGACAGUAGCCGGGAGGCAGACAGCAGCAACACCAGGCCGCCCCCCAACAUCACGGAAGUCCUCAGGCGUGACGUUCAGCGGCGUCUGUAUGGACCUGCUGGCUUCCCCGCUCACCCUGAGGCCGAGUGUUUGGCCGAGUCUGACCAGGAAGGGUCAGGAUCUGAAUACCACUGGCCGCAUCGUCGAGAUCAUGACAUCAGACAAACGCCCGGCAUUACCACCGCCGCCACCGCCGCUACCAGAAGCAGCCAGCGCUACUACGUCGGUGUGCGAGACGCCCACCAAGGAUUGCGAGAUAUCACCUCGAAAAACGGCUACCGGGGGCCAGCAGAAGGAGAUAAGCGGGUUACUGAUGAAGGCAACGGGCAAUGCCGUCCAACAGCCGAGCGUGUCACUCACUGCUUGCCGGCCAAGCAUACGGAGCCCGACUCAUCUGGUGGGAGGGCCGGAGCUGGACCACGCAAUCGCGCGAGGAGCGGCGAGAGCAGCUUUCGUCCAGCACAUGCCGAUGAGCAAGCCGACAGGAGGGUACCUAGCUGGAGUGGUGUCGGGGUUGGACAGCCUCGCAGGAGUGCAACAGCAAGCAGCCGCACCGGCCCUCGCAGCGAAACCAACAGACAACAAGGCCAGCAGGGAGGGCGGCGGCGAUCUUUCCGUGGAUAAAGCUCCCCAGCAGCUUGUCUCUGGGCUUUGGACGACGCUGCUGGUUAUUCGAGAGCUUGCUUGUGCAUACUGGCGGCUGAUGAGCCCAGUGCUGGAUGCCAACUCGCCGCUCCGCAAGAGGUUCAGCCAGACAGAGUCAACUUGGGAAGACUGCAUUACGUGGGUUCUGGCAAUGCUGUUCCUGCUUCUGGCCGCGUCAAAUAACUAA